CUACCGUCUAAAAAAGUAAUGGCUUUUUUUGGCACUUGUAUUGUUAUAUCUGGUUUCAUUUAUCGUGACAAUGUGUUAUCAAAAGAAAGGAAACAACUUGUUGAACGAAAAGUUGCGCAUAUAGCUUUAGAACCUAUGAGCGUACACGAGCUCCCACGUAAAGUAACAGUAUAUUUAGCACCACCACUAGGUGAUGGAAUACAUAAAACAAGAGUUCAUUUUCGAGAUUAUGUUAAGCCAGCCCUUGUUGCUGCAGCAAUGGAAUAUGAGCUUAUUGAAGGCACGAAACCGGGGCAACUUCGUUCAAAAGUACGAGAUGCGAUAAUAGAAAAGCGUAAAGCUGCAAAAGCAUCAAUUCCAAAUGAUAUCGAUACAAAUCAAGAACCGCGUUUAUUAAAUAAAGCAGUUGGCGAUGGUGUCAUUGUUAUUGGUCGGGUUAGUUUUGUUGAAUAUUUACAAGGGUUAAAUGAUGGAUGUAUUUCUUCGCUUACGAAUUCUCAAGAAACGAUAUCAAAUGAAAAAGGCGAUAUGGAAACGCAUAAUAAUAUCAAUGAUUCAAUGUCAUUAACCACAGGGUCUGAGAAUAUAAUGCCCGAUUCACAG